AUGGCGUUCGUGGACAAGCCACAUGGAGGUAAUUUCAUCAAGCUGAUUUGUCAAGGGACUUCGUCGAAUUCCAUUUUUAAAACGGCUUCUCUUUACCGAAGAAGUCUGAUUGUCUCCGUUGCAAUAAUUGCUACCUUUCUUCCACGAUUAACUAAUUGUGCCGAGCGCCAGCCUGCGUUGAAGCGCCUGGAAGGGGAUGGGGACCUGAAGAGACUGAGCGGUGGCCGCGUUCACGGCUUUUGCCCCGCUAUUACCGACCAGAAGGUGCCGUAUGCAACGCUUAGGCACAACCCAGCAAUACUGUUCCUUAUUGUGCCUCCUAGGAUAUAUGUUAUCAUUUCCACAUUCGUGCACUGUUUCUUGUCUGAAUCCUCCAUUGGUACAGGCUCCGUCGAGGACUUGCGUCGAAUUGGCGCAUGGAAGCUCAAAGAUGACAGCAAGAAUAUACGCCUUCUGCAUUUUGGACUAGAUCCAUCGAAAUUGCAGACUGCUAUGACGACGGUCGCCUCGAUAAAGACAUGGAUGUUUGUCUCCUAUUCUCUGGUCUUUUCUCAGCUGUCAGCUCAGCAUUUAUUCUUCACAUGCAAUCAGACCUCUGCAGCUGACAUCACCGAUCGUAUGUAUCACACUAUCCAGAACGACCCGAGUGAGACUCUCAAUCCUUCCGCGUGGACUGGGCCGGAACCAAUAAUUAUUUGCGCAACAUCGCUUGCCCAUGCAAGUUUAAUGCUGCACUUGGUGCCAGUCUUGGAAAGCAACGGUUCAUAUACUUCAAGUCCUCUACUCUACUCUACCCCCACCCUGUCUAACCCCAUGAGCUACAGGAAGGCGUUAGUGGUGACUGCUCAACCACUCAUCGCUGAUCAAGUGGCAUCUUUGCGAGAGAAGCACGUUAAUGUUGACUGCAUGUCUUCCCUAAGGACCGUAGACGACUCUUGGGACGAGUCUUGGAAAGCAACGGUUCGUAUACUUCAAGUCCUCUACUAUACUCUACUCUACUCUACCCCCGCCCUGUCUAACCCCAUGAGCUACAGGAAGGCGUUAGUGGUGACUGUUCAACCACUCAUCACCGAUCAAGUGGCAUCUUUGCGAGAGAAGCACGUUAAUGUUGACUGCAUGUCUUCCCUAAGGACCGUAGACGACUCUUGGGACGAGUCUUGGAAAGCAACGGCGUUAGUGGUGACUGCUCAACCACUCAUCGCCGAUCAAGUGGCAUCUUUGCGAGAGAAGCACGUUAAUGUUGACUGCAUGUCUUUUCUAAGGACUGUAGACGACUCUUGGGACAUCAUGCGUCACCUUCGAAGCCAGCAAAAACCCGACAUUUGCUAUAUCACUCCCGAAAAGCUACGCGAGAGCAAUGCCAUGCAAGAUAUUCUAGCCUAA